GCGGAAGUCGGAGGUAAAACAUGGCGGCCCCUAUGAGCGAGUUUACGAAACACAGCGCAAUUUGUUUACAAUUUAUCCAUUUAUCGCGACAUUUUAUGAACAACGCCAAAGUAUAUUUCCUCCUAGCUUUUCUGCUCGCACUGACAUCCCGCUGUUCCGGAAAUGAAGACUUUCAGAGAGACGAAUUUCUUAAGAGGGAGUAUUCGCUGACCAAGCCGUACCAAGGUUUGGGAUCAUCGAGCUCGUCACACUGGGAUUUACUGGGCAACGCCAUGAUCACACCCGAGUACGUCCGCCUGACCCCAGAUCUGCAGAGCAGACAGGGUGCCGUGUGGAGUCGCAUUCCGUUUUAUGUUCGAGAUUGGGAGCUUCAGGUACACUUCAAGAUCCAUGGCCAGGGCAAAAAGAACCUGAACGGUGAUGGACUGGCGCUGUGGCUGACCAAAGAACGAAUGCAAAUAGGUCCCGUGUUUGGAAACAUCAAUCAUUUCACCGGCCUGGGGAUUUUUAUCGACACAUAUCCAAACCAGGAAAAUCUGUAUGAGAGAUCAUUUCCGUUUAUUUCGGCGAUGGUGGGAAAUGGGACGGUGGCCUAUGACCACGAGCAGGACGGAAGGAACGCGGAUCUGGGGGGCUGUGCGGCAGCAGUGCGUAACACCGACUACGACACGUUCGUCCUGGUCAGAUACAUAAAGAACAAGCUAACGGUGAUGAUGGACAUAGAAGGAAAGCAGGAGUGGAAGGAUUGUGUGGAGGUCCCAGGUGUCCACCUUCCUCAAGGGUAUUACUUCGGAGCCUCAUCGCUUACUGGAGAUCUGUCAGAUAACCAUGACCUGAUCUCCCUCAAGCUGUUUGAGCUGACAGUGGAGAGAACUCCGGAAGAACUGGAGAACGAGGAGGAGAUCACUAUACCCAGUGUGGACUACCGAGAGAUUCCCGUGAAGGUCGUCGAUGAAGGUGUGAGCACGCUCACCCUCCUCUUCCUGUUCAUUUUCUCUGUGGUCGGCCUUGUGGUGCUCAUCGUUGCGCUUCUCUUCAUCUACGCGCGCUGGAAAGAGCGCAGCCGCAAGCGCUUCUAUUGACAGUUUUCUUCUCGCUGCUGCAUCAAACUGACGUUACCUCGGACACCGAAGAGCCAUACACGAGGGCGAGAAAUACAGCCUCGUCCUUAAUCCUCUUAUUCAUCUGCUAAAGUUUAGAAGAUGUUUGAAUAUUACUGUGGAAAGAACAGUGUGUGUGUGUGUGAGUGUGAGACACAGAUUUGUUCCUGAAGUGCAAAGACAUAUUGCAGACCUACAUAAACAGCAUUGCGUGUGUGUGGAUAUGUGUGUGUGUGGGUGGUUGUGUGCACGGGUGCAAGGCAGAGUUGUUCCUGAACUGUGUAUACAUAUUGCAAAUCCUGAAAAACAGCAAUGAGUGUGAUAUAAAGUGGGUGUGGGUGUGUGUGUCUGUGGGCAAGUGUGUGUUCAAGAUCAUCUGGAAAAUACAUAUUAGUGACCUAGACAGGCAGCUGUAUCUGCACUAAUGAAACAUACACACUUCUUUUUCGACUUAAAACACGCAGACAUUUUUGAUUAAAGUUAGAAAAAUAAAUUCCGCCUGAAAUUUAGUCAUUAAAUAAAUAACGUUAAUAUCUGAAGGAAAAAUCCAAUCCACAAAAUUGUCUAAAUUAUUCUUUGAGAAAACGUUCACACAGAUCCUUUAAUGUGCGUUUUACACAUUUUAUUGCAGAAAAGCAUGACACAGUGACACAUGACUUCAGUAUUUUAGAUCAUCAUUUUUCUGUUUAAUUUAUUUUCGUGCGGAAUUAAGUCAGGUAUCAAGGUAUUUAAUAUGUAUAUUGAUAUAUUUGCACACACACAUUCUCUCUCUCUCACACACCCUGAAGUGUAUGCACCAGUCUACAUGUGUGUGAAAUACUGUUUAGUGUCAUUUUUACACAAAAUACACCAAAAUCUCUGCCAAACUCUCGUCACAAUAUAAUGCUGGGUGUGUUGAAUGGAAAGGAUAGUGUUACGUGAACAAAACCGUUCGCUGAUUCAUAUCAACUUUGUCAAAAAAAUCUUUUUAGAGUUUACCUGGCAGACAAAACUAAGAUGAAAACUGAAUCACAGUAGCAAUCUUUCGCUCUUUUGUGUUAUAUUUUUUAGAGUCUGUGAAUAGUAAUGCACUGAAGUCUUAAACAGUUUCUGUUUAAUUGUCUCUUUAAAAUCAACCAAUCACAGCUCAGUGAUUAAAAUGCUGUUGAAAAUGUUAGAAAUGGUCUCAAAUAUUUUGCUGUUUUUAUUUUAUUUUCCUUAAUUCCUGUUAUUCGGUUUCUCGUCACGCAUUUAAUCUGAUUUUCCUGAUUACUGAUUUCAGAAAGAACAAAAACUGAGCGUGUGCAGAAUUUUUUUUUUUUUUUCCCCUUUAAUUUGGGGUAAGAUUGGAUUACACUGUACUAAACUUCUUUAUACUGCUUUGGCAUGUUUUUGGUUUUUUUUUUCUUCCGAAGGGUUUUGUUUAGGUUUUACUGGAUUAAAGCGUUCAUUAAAGGAAACUUAUUGAAGUAUUGAACUUAUAAUAUAGAAUAUUAAAUUAAUCAAACAAACAUUAUACAUUUUAAACCUGAAAUAUUGAAUGAUGGAAAUGCUGAACGUCUGAAAUAAAAAAAAAACUGUAUUGGGGUUAUGUAGCUGAUUAAAUAAACAUUGCUCUUGGUGGGAAAUUUAAACUGGACUCCAGAUAUCUUGUUGCUUGACAUUUCAUUUUUCCUAACAGUUCACGUUUGUCCUAAUGUUUGUUAGAAUAUUCAAAAUAAAGUGUUUUUUAUAAACUGAAA